GCAGAACCCACGCGCCCAACAGCCCCGUUUAUUUGCACAGUGAGCGCGAGGGCAGAGCAUCUUCGGGACACGUUUUCGACUCCGUCAGCACUGAUUACUUCAUUUAAUUAUUUUAUAUCUACAUGUCGAAUUAAUAGCUGUUCGUUACAAUAUCUAAUUGUAUCUGUUUUUAUUGCUUCGAAAUCUGUUUCGUGAAUACCCAACGUAAACUUCACAAGAGCAGACGGUCUCAUAAAUAUUUUUGUUUGUUAUUAUUAUUAUUAUUAUUUUUCCUUGAUACGAGGUGUUGUCGACAAGAUGUCGCACGGAUUCAUUUCGUAGUUGUGAAUUUGGCAGUUUUCUUAUCCUCCGGAAGUGGCGGUCAGUUUGGUGUACCACCAGUAACUUCAGUUUGAAAGGCUCGAACACUGUGUCUAAGCUUAGGAAGAACAAGCAAAUGGAGACCCACAACUGCUGAGCUGUCGGUUCCCCCUCCCUCUUUUCCUCUUCUCCAGUUCCUCCUCUUCCUCUCCUUUUUACGUUCUCCUUCUCACUGAGAGCAGGAGAUGAGCUCAGAGGAAAAAAGUUCCACUAUGUCCCAGAAGAUCUCCUCUCCAUCUCACAGCUAUAGCAGUUCCUCCUCCAAACAUGAGAGCAGACAGGACAGCUGGGAGAUUGUGGAGGGCUUGCGAGGUGGUCUUUCCAAUGUUCAGGAGCCAGAGAAGCAGGCUGGCUACAUGCUGAAGAAGAGAAAGUGGCCAAUGAAAGGCUGGCACAAGAGGUUCUUCUACUUGGACAAGGGCAUCUUGAAGUAUGCUAAAUGCGCAGUUGAUGUCGAGAAAGGCAAGCUCCAUGGCUGCAUUGAUGUGGGGCUGUCCGUCAUGGCCAUUAAGAAGAAAGCCAAGUGCAUUGAUCUGGAUGCUGAAGAAAACAUUUAUCACCUGAAGAUCAAGUCCCAGGAGCUGUUUGAUGAAUGGGUCUCUAAGUUGCGUCACCACAGACUUUACAGGCAGAAUGAGAUCGCCAUGUUCCCUCACGAGAAAACGCUCUUCCACCCUCAUUACCCCCUCACCUCCUCCCCCACGAUACCUGACAGUCAGUCCAUCAGAAAGCGUGCCUCUCUUGCAAAGCAGUCCUCUCUUCACUCCCCGGGACCUUUUACCAGUCAGGCCAAGGUGACUGCCUGGCUCCAAUCUUCUGAUGACAUGGACAGGUGCACCAAAGAACUAUCUGUAUGUGAGGCUCAGCUGCUGGAACUGAAUCACUUGUUAAGAAGUAUGGAGGUGUUACACCGCACAUGCUCCGCCCCAGCCAUCAACGCUCUGCAGGCUUCAACAUACGACAGCCCAAAAAAAGAGAAGAGACAUCCCAGAAAAUGGCGCACCAAGAAUUACGGGAAAGACAACAAAACAACCCUGCAGGUUCCGAGCUGUAUCUCAGCAGGCUCUGUCCGUCUCCAUGCAUCCAAUCCCAACCUUUCUUCUGUAGACCUGACCAAUGAGAAGGCUUACCAUGAACCUCUAGACUCGCCUGUAGAUGUAUCCAAACUGCAGGAAGACUUCUGCCGUGUCGCAAACAACCUUCAUACAACCAUGAAAUCAGCCCUGUGCAUGUUGACAACAGAGAAAGAGAGACUUAAACAGAUGCUGGAGCAUGAGUCCUGUCCUGCCCCCUCGGCUCAGCUCCUGGGACUGAAGAAUGCUUUGGCUGCUGCUGUAACACAGAACGCUGAGCUACGAGAGCGUCUGUGCAAGAUUCAUGCUGAGUCGCACAUCUCUGAACCCUCUGUCCAUAUAAACCUCAGCCCUGGCCCCCUGCAGAAGCAGGACUCCAGUGAUGGUUCCCGUCCUCUUGUCCACCAGGUGUCUAAUGAGAGCAGAGCUUCCAUUACAGAGUCUCUAUCGGAGUUCUUUGAUGCGCAGGAAGUGCUGCUGUCAGCUAGCUCUUCAGAAAAUGAGCCUUCGGAAGAUGAUUCAUAUAUCAGUGACAUCAGUGACAACGUGUCUAUGGAGAACUUCAGCAACGAGGUGGAGAAUGAGAGACUCGAUACAGCUUGUGUAGAGAACGGUGGAUCUCAGGAACAGCGGCGCUCUUGUCUUCCCUCCCCCAGUCCCAAUACCAGCAACAUCAGCCUGUGGAACAUCCUGAAGAACAACAUCGGGAAGGACCUGUCUAAAGUAGCCAUGCCUGUUCAACUCAACGAGCCGCUCAACACACUGCAGAGACUGUGUGAGGAGCUGGAGUACAGCGAACUGCUGGACAAGGCUGCACACACACAGGACCCGUUUGAGCGUAUGGUGUACAUUGCAACAUUUGCUGUGUCCGGCUAUGCUUCCAGUCACUACAGAGCUGGAGGAAAACCCUUUAAUCCAGUGUUGGGUGAGACCUACGAGUGUGAUCGUCCAGACAAAGGCUUUCGUUUUGUGGCGGAGCAGGUCAGCCAUCACCCCCCCAUUUCUGCAUGUCAAGCCGAAUCUAAAAACUUCAUCUUUUGGCAAGACGUGAGGUGGAGGAAUAAGUUUUGGGGAAAGUCCAUGGAGAUUGUACCUGUAGGAACUACUCAUGUGGUUCUCCCUGGCUUUGGAGAUCACUAUGAAUGGAAUAAAGUGACAUCAUGUAUUCACAACAUUCUGAGCGGGCAGCGCUGGAUUGAGCACUACGGAGAAAUCUCCAUCAAAAACUCCAACAGUGAAAAAUGCCAGUGUAAAAUCACCUUCAUCAAGGCGAAGUACUGGAACUCCAGCAUGAACGAGGUGGAGGGAGCUGUCACAGAUCACAAAGGGAAAGUCGUGCACAAGCUGUUUGGGAAAUGGCACGAGGGGAUGUACUGCGGCAGCCCACCCUCUGCUACCUGCAUCUGGAGGACGAAUCCCAUGCCUCCUGACUAUGAGCAGUACUACGGUUUCACUAAGUUUGCUAUGGAGCUCAAUGAACUCGACCCUCUUACCAAACCACUUCUUCCACCCACAGACACCAGACUACGGUUCGACCAGAGGUUAUUGGAGGAAGGGAACGUUGAAUCUGCAGAAGUGCAGAAGCAGAGAAUCGAACAGCUGCAGCGAGAGAGACGCAAAGUCCUGGAGGAGAACCACAUCACACAUCAACCUCGAUUCUUCCAGAAGUCCAAAGAUGACACCUGGGUGAGCAACAACACUUACUGGGAGUUAAGAAAAGAUCCUGGAUUCAGCAACCUUGACUGUCCGGUCCUCUGGUAACUGAGAGGAAGCCAACUACAUCUGUGCUCACUGUUGCCUGCUCUUAUCUGUUCUGGCCAGCAUUACAGCUUCAGGAGACAUCACACACCUUUUAAAGUGAGGUAGAGACUGAUAAAGCUGUGAGAGACUGGUGGCUGAUUGUUUCAAAUCAUUCCUUAACAUUUAUAAUUUAAGGUCCCAACUGUUCAGUUGCCUUAAUAUGCUUACAUUAUGUUGCAGUAGUUUCAUUUAUGCAAAAGGACUUUGGAAGUAUGAGAAAUAUGCAAUCCUGGCCCAGUUAAAAGAUUAUCUUUUUUUUGGAUGUGCAUUGUAAGUAGCACAAGAAACCAAGAGAAGAACUGUUGGAUUGUGGUCCCUUGUGGCUAAAUGUAGUACUGCAGGUGACCCCACCUUUAAAAAAAAAGGAGUAUAGUAUGUUGUCAGAACAAAACUGAGUCGACUACCUCUUAAAAUCAAACUGUCGAGGAAUUUGUUGUAUAUUAGAAUAUGAAUAUAAUACAUAUAAUGCCUUAUAUUAAAUUAUAUACAUUAACUUUGCUAGAACUUUUAAUCAAAUCCAAUGUAUCGCCACAAAGUAUUGUAAUUUUACAACCGCCUUUUACUCUGAGACACUUGAAUGAACAAAAUGUUUGAGGUUCUCAGAAACAUUUAUAUUCCUCUUAACUUAUUCACAAGACUGACAGAUGGCUCAACAAUACUGAACAUUACCAUCACACACAUGAGCCUGGCAGUGUUUUAAAGCUUCUUCCACAUGGUUUGACCUGUAACCUGUGCUCUUCUCACUACACACUGACAAAGGAUUUUUGGGGACUGAGGUACUUGCGUGUUGAUCACUGCAGUAUUUCCUCUGUCCUUCAAUAAAGUCUCACUUUAAACUAAA